CCUCCGCGCCGGGCCCUCAGCCGCCGCCACCGCCUCCCUGGCCGACCUCCGCGCCCCCGCGCGCCCCGCGUCGGGCGCUGCACGCCCAGCUCCACGCUGGCGGCCGCCCCCGGGGUCCCCGCCGCCGCCCCGGCGCCCGCCAUGGGCGAGGAGGACUACUACUUGGAGCUGUGCGAGCGACCGGUGCAGUUCGAGAAGGCAAACCCCGUCAACUGCGUCUUCUUCGAUGAGGCCAACAAGCAGGUUUUUGCUGUUCGAUCUGGUGGAGCUACUGGCGUGGUAGUGAAAGGCCCAGAUGAUAGGAAUCCUAUCUCGUUUAGAAUGGAUGACAAAGGAGAAGUGAAGUGCAUUAAAUUUUCCUUAGAAAAUAAGAUAUUGGCUGUUCAGAGGACCUCCAAGACUGUGGAUUUUUGUAAUUUCAUCCCUGAUAACUCUCAGCUGGAAUACACACAGGAGUGCAAGACUAAGAACGCCAACAUUCUAGGAUUCUGCUGGACCAGCUCUACUGAAAUUGUCUUUAUAACAGAUCAAGGAAUUGAAUUUUACCAGGUAUCACAUUUAUCAUUUAUGUUUGCUGGAGAAAGUUCUGUGAUAGCA